AUUCCAAUACCACCACCAUCAUCACUUUAUCAUCGAAUAAUGCAACGAAUAAUAUUGAAUAUAUGUCGUUUACCAUAUUUUAAUUCAUUAAUUUAUAUACCAUAUAAUCUAUUGAAUUCAACAAAUGCAAAUAUCUGGAAUGGUAUACAAUCAUUAACAAAUUUACCGAUAAUGGCAUCACAAUUUCUUUGUGAAACGGAAAUAUUUCGACAAUUUUUAUUUCGUAUUGCUAAUAUUGGUUUCGUAAGUCGAAUACAAUUUGAAGAAAUAUGGAUGACAUUAUUGGGUGUAUAUUCCGAAUCAAUAUCACUUAUAACACAAUAUCGUCAAGGUGUUAGUAUUGAAGAAUUAAGUGAAUAUAUUUUACUUACAAAAUUAGUAAUAAUAGCUAUUACAAAUCUUUUAUAUAAUGCAAAUACAACAAUGCUAUCAAAUGAUUAUCAUUCCGAUUAUUCUAUAUCCGAUUCAUAUGAUGAUAUUGAUAAUAAUAAUGAUGAUGAUGAUAAAAUAUCAUCAUCAUUUGGUGAAAAAUAUGAACAAAUUUAUCAUAUUAUUCAUAGAAAAUUUCAUUCAGAUCGACAAAUCCUAAAACGUUAUAAUGAUCCAAUAUUGAAUCAUUCAUUUCAUUAUAAAUUCAAAUCAAUUCAUGAAUUUCAUUUUUCAUCGAAUGUAAUCGAACGUAAUCAAUCGGAAUCACUUCAAACACAAUCAUCAUCAUCAUCAUCAUCGAUAGUAGCAGUUAAUAAUAAUGUUCAAACAUCGAUUGAUCUAUAUUCAUGUAUACAAUUUUUGAUCGAUUAUUACGCUCAACAGAUUCGAUCAUUAUUGAAUAAAAAUCUAAUACAUUUUCCAAUCAUAACCGAAAUAGCUAGAUCAACAUUAAUUUUAUCCGAAUUAUUUGUUGAUCGUAAUCAAUAUCGUAAUGCAUUGAAUUUGUUUAUUGAUUUACAAAAAAUUGUUGAAAAUUAUGAUGAUGAAAUACUUGGCCAAUUUAUCGGUACUGGUUUAUGUAAAUUUUAUACAAUUUUAGAUGAACAUUCGGAUGAACAUAUUGAACGGCAAAAAAAGCAAAUAUUUGAAAAAAAUUUUAAAGAAUUUUUCCUACCAACACGUAUACAUUCGAUUGAUGCAAUUGAUUAUAUGAUUGAUGGAAAAAUUAUCAAAACAAAAGAUUUACAGCCAUUAUUGGAUUAUAUUAUCAAACAUUUGAAUACUGAACAUAUCAUACCAAGCAGUUAUUGUAAAGAAUAUGUUGAAAAAUUGGUACGAAUUUCAUUCAAAUUGAUUGAUUCGAAUCAGGAUUUUCUACACAAUCAAAAUGAAAAGAUUAUAAAGGGCUUGAUUAGAUUAAUAUCCAAAGAUAUUAAUAUAAAUGUAAUAAAAAUAAUAACAUUAUAUUUGGAAAAAUUUAUACGACAAAAAAAAUUAAAU